GAACUUCUUUCUGAUCGCGACUGUGCAAUCUGAACUUCUAUCUUCAGCAGUACAGUAUACUACUUCCGUGCAUAGCUACAGCGCAUAUUGCUUCGCUCAUCUGUCACAUGCAGCCUGUCGUCUGAGGCUCCAACAUCGCACAUCGACUGCGGAAGUCAGCGUAUCCUUCCUUCCGUAUCAACGAUAUGGCCAGGCCGAAGGGCAGCAAAAGUAGACCAGGCGCGCGUAAACCUGGUCGUGCAUCCGCAACGGAAAGAGCUGCCAAAGCGCCAGGUCAAGCAAGACUGAAGUUUGCCAAGGUGGCGCGUGCGAAUAGGCAUGCAACAGCAUCUGCAGCUCUGGCAGAUGCGACGACAGUGACGACACCUAUUCAAGAUGGCGAUGCAGCUCUGCAUAGCGUCGCAUCUGCAAUGCCAGUCACCAUGACGGGAGUAGAUCCCGCUUCUCAAUCUUCAGUCGCCAGGAAUCAGGAUGAUGUGAGUAUGGUAAACUCAAACGACCCAGAGAAAGAAGGCGAUGCGCACAAUACAAGUACUGCAGACAUGGCGCAAGACGCGACUGACAGGUCUUCAAGUGGUGCCAAUGCUUUUAUCGAUGUCCUAAGGGACAGUAAUGCAAACCAAUCAGCCCGCGGUGAUGUCAAUAACGAUGAUCCCACGACAGAGGCGACCACUACGGAGGAAAGUGAUGGGAGCUCAGUUGAAGUGGAUCUCAUCCAUGAAAUCAAGGCCAAAAUCCAAGACAAGAGGAUCAAGCUCUACGAAGAAGGCUCGUCGUUUUGGAUUCAUCCGCCAGAUCCUUCAAUUCACCUGAGUGAUGAACCAAAUCAUGCGAAGGUCCUCGUCCAACCCUCGGUCUUCGUUUGGCAUCCAGCUCUGUGGAGCAGGACUGGGAACAGGACCGGAAAAGCUGAUGAAGAAGGCCGUCUUCCGUGUCCACGAUGCAAGGGCGGUUUACGCUUCAAAGGAUGGUGUGAAUCACCGCCUGCUCGGCGCAUACACGACGACGGGGGGCAUUUUCUGUUGAUGGCUUAUCGCUACUUCUGUAAAAAUCAAUUUUGCAGCUUAGGAACCAUCAGCGCAGCCGAUACCGAGUUGCUAGAGUCUUUACCCCACGACCUACAACUUGCCUUCCCUGCUAUUCUCAGUCAUCGUUCUGGCAUUUCCAAACAACUAUUUGAGCGCUUUCAGGACAAUAUUGCCAACGACUGUGGUCCGGACCCGUGUUUAGCAAACAUCAGGGUGUCUUUAUCAAGAAAGCGAGAGGACAUUUGGACGCCUCUCAACGCCAACAUGCCAGAAUCUGGUGACAAGGUGAGAUCAUGCGGUGAAUCUAAAGAUCCCCUCCAGUCCAAGGGACUUGUACCUAGUGUUCACUGGUUGACUGAUUUGUUCACAAAGGACAGGGCCAAGCAGAAGCCAAACUUGCAUUACAUCAACUCAGGCGAUCCUAUUGUGUGCAACCUCGGACCGACCGGAUCGUCUGAGCAGCCUGUCAAUAUUGAAAAUCUCGCCGCUUCCGCACCGGUACCACGGCCUAUUGAUCUCUGUGCGCCCGAGAUUUUCAUCGAAAAGGGAAGGCACGCAAGUGAUGUACGCAGAGUUUGCAACAGUUGCAGUCUCAAUACGUGCAGUGCACACCAAAGGAGACAUUGUGUGCUUCAUCCCCAAAAUCUGAGUCGUGCUGAGCGCUCCUUAAGAUCAGGGAUCCUAAGGCCAGAUGCUUUGAGAUUAUGGAAUUGCUGGCAUGUAUUGCAGUACGAAUACAAGAGGCAUUCAGGUUUGACAAUGCCUACAGAUUGCACCACGAAUCGCAUGAAACUUUUAGACAAAUUCCAGUCUGAUAUUGCGAGCAGAUCAAGCAAGCUGCUUGGCUUCCUUCGAUCUGACGCAAACUUCAUUCAGGAUGUAUUGAAAGUGUACAUUGAGGAACGGACCAUCUACAACCCUUGUGUUCAAGGUACUGAUAGGUAGAGGCAGAAGCAACCAUGCGAGCCAUCUCAGAAUUUGCACUUCGAAGCAUGCGAUCAGGC